UUUGAAUAUAUGAAUGUAUUCCAUGUGUGUGCCUGGUGCCUGAGGCAUUCAGAAGAGAGUGUUGUUCCCUGGAGCUGGAAUCACAGGUAGUUGUGAGCUGCCAUGUGGGCGCUGGGAAUCAAGCCCAGGUUUGCAGAGCAGUAAGCGAUCUCUCCAGCUCUAAUGAAGUUUGUUUUUAAGAAAUCUUUUCCUGGGCUAGGGGGAUGGCUCAGUGGUUAAGAGCACUUGCUGCUCUUGCAGAGGACCUGGGUUCGGCUUGCAGCCAUCUGUUACUACAGUUCCAAAGUAUCUGCUAUUCUUUCCUGGCCCCCAGGGUCCCAAGCACGUGCACGCUGCACAUACACUUGUGAAGUCAGACACAUAAACGAAAUAAAUCUGAGGGGGGACACCUGUACUCUCUUUAAAGAGCAAAACAAAAAGCCAGCCUGAUGGCACACUGAAGAAGCAGAGGAAGGUAGAUAUCCGUGCGUGUAAGCCCAUUCUGGCCUCCACGGGGAGCUCCAGGACAGCUUAGGCCACGUGGCGAGCCUUCGUUGUAGUUUUUUAGAUAACUCUCAAAGGGGGGCAUGCUGGUAAGAUGCUCAGCGGGUAAGACUGCUUGCCUCCAAGACUGAUGACCUGCCUUAGAGCCUUAGACCUGUAUGGAAGGAAAGUCUCAGUCUCCAAAGGCUGACCUCUAACCUCCGCAAACCUGUGGCAAACGUGUGCACACUAAGUGAAAGUGUCAUUUAAACAGUGUUUCAGAAUAAAGAAAUAUUUUCCUGCCAUGGAUCACGUUUUCUUCCAACAGCUUUUUGACUGACUGGCCUCCAUCACUAUGGAUGUGGGGCGGGGCCCAGGCUCAUUUUCUUCACAUGAUAAAUGAAAAUCCAAAGGCUCUACCUAUUUUUCUAUUUGAACUUUUAGGCUCAGUGGCCGUUACUCCUGUAACAGGAAGAAAGCAGUUUUUAAAAGCAUACGAGUAACAUGAGAUGGGAAACUGAUGCCAUCGAGGUUGCAGAGCUACAACUUAGGACUCUUGUGUCUGCCCACGGCUGACCUCUCUGCCUUGCUGUGGCCAGCUUUUCAGAAAAGCAAAGGCCUUACACUGUCACGGGGGAGGGACUUGAGGUGCUGCUUAGUGGUGUCCUGGAGGAGAGUGGGUCUUCCUGUGUAGCUGGGGAGACCACAUGAAAGCGGUUCUUUUGAGGGUACUGACAGGGGACAGGACAGCCCUGGCCCUUCUGCAGAGGAGCGGUGACGGUAUCCAUGGCAGAGGCUGCCAGGGCAUAGAGGUAGGCUGCUGCCUUGAACCUUGGACACUAAUCUCUUCUCAGGACCCCCUCACUGAGCAGGGGACUCCCACCAGAAGCCCAGGGUGAGGACAGAGAUGGCGCUGAGCCUGGAGUCUACAACCAGCUUUUCCCUGCUGGCUGUGUCGGGAAGCACUGUGUCUGAGCUGCCUGGCGGACCCAGUGUGUCCCUGAACGGAUCCUGGACUGGCCCGACUGAUCCCAGCUCCCUGCAAGACCUUGUGGCCAGCGGUGUCAUCGGGGCAGUGCUGUCAGCCAUGGGCGUGGUGGGCAUGGUGGGGAACGCGUACACUCUGGUGGUGAUGUGCCGAUUCCUGCGCGCCUCGGCCUCCAUGUACGUCUACGUGGUCAACCUGGCACUGGCUGACCUGCUCUACCUGCUGAGCAUCCCCUUCAUCAUAGCCACCUACGUCACUAAGGACUGGCACUUUGGGGACGUGGGCUGCCGUGUUCUCUUCAGCCUGGACUUCCUGACCAUGCACGCGAGCAUCUUCACCCUGACCAUAAUGAGCAGUGAGCGCUACGUAGCGGUCCUGAGGCCCCUGCACACGGUACAGCGCUCCAAGGCUUACCGAAAGCUGCUGGCACUGGGCACCUGGCUGCUGGCGCUGCUGCUGACCCUGCCCAUGGUGCUUGCCAUCCGGCUGGUCCGUAGGGGCUCUAAGAGCCUCUGCCUGCCGGCCUGGGGCCCUCAUGCCCACCGGGCUUACCUGACCCUGCUCUUUGGGACCAGCAUUGUGGGGCCUGGCCUGGUCAUUGGGCUGCUCUAUGUCCGCCUGGCCAGGGCCUACUGGCUAUCUCAGCAAGCUUCUUUCAAGCAGACACGGCGGCUGCCCAACCCCAGAGUGCUCUACCUCAUCCUUGGCAUCGUCCUUCUCUUCUGGGCCUGCUUCUUACCGUUUUGGCUGUGGCAGCUGCUGGCCCAGUACCGUGAGGCCAUGCCACUGGCGCCCCAGACGGCACGCAUCGUCAACUACCUGACUACGUGCCUCACGUACGGCAACAGCUGCGUCAACCCCUUCCUUUACACACUGCUCACCAAGAACUACCGCGAGUAUCUGCACGGCCGCCAUCGCUCGCUGCGCAGUGCUUGCCGUGGCCCAGGGCGUGCUGGCGGCUUCCCGCCCAGCAGAGCCCACCUCCAGCAGCACUCGGGCCGCUCGCCGUCCGCCAGCAGCCAACAGGCCACAGAGGCCCUCAUGCUGUCCCCAGUGGCCCCUAGCGGGGCCUUCGUCUGAGAGUGCCCUUUGUGAUCCUGGCGGUGGAAAAGGACCUAAAGCCAGGCCACUCGGGAGCCCAUUCCCAGAAUCCCGUACACAAACCCAACCAGCUUGUCUGUCCUCUUCAGUUCUCUUCUGGAAAGCUCCCUGUUCUUUCUCCUUUGCUGUCCACUUCAACCCUGUCAGCACCUCUCCUACCAGGCCAGCACACUCCUCCUUCAAGCCUAUCGCUGACGGGCUUCAGAAGCUGUGCCCCAGACCCUCUUCUGAAGACCCUGGUGAGCUGAAUCACACAAGACCUACUCACCCAGAGCAGCUAGUGCCCGGCUGUAAGCCCCACCCUUAGAUGUAGGCGAGAGCCCUCUUCCAUUGGCUGACCUGUAGAUGUAGGCCCGCCCAGUCCCGAGGACCCUCUCCCAUUGGCUGACCUGUGGAUGUAGGCCCGCCCAGUCCCGAGGACCCUCUGGUUGGUAAGAGGCCUCUCUGCCCUUUCCCUCCACAUCCCCCUCCCAUGGCAGCUUCUUGCUUCCAUGUGCAACAAUAAACCCUCUGCUCUGCAGUCUGUCCUGCCUCAGUGCCGGGGAUGGAAGUUGGGGUGGGGCGGCGGUCCUGGACCCAGGGGUCCCUAUUUCCCGGCCUUUACCUGCGGAUGUCUCACUUAGGGCAGGCCGGGCGAGCACUGCAGCUCAAGCACAGAAAGGAGGCCGCAGGCCUGAGACCGGGCAGCACGACCCACAGUGGCUUGUGUGGACAGCGAUGAGGCCUGGAUUCACUGUUCCUGACGGACUGCUUCCCUGUCCGAGGUACCGUCCUCGGGACAGCCUUUCCCAGGCUGACCAUUUCUCCUGCGUGGCCACCCCUUUUAGGGUGACCGCCCGAGGCCGGGCGCACCUUGUCUGGUAGCACUCGCUGAAUGUCAGGUGCGCUCCGGUGGCAGGACGUGGUGGUCUCUGGAACGAUGGAAUGUUCCAGAAAUAGAUUCUGGUGUCUGGCCGCAGAACUUUGUGCUUCACCGUGGUUAAGAUAGUAGAGCAUGAGGGAUAAAUUUGGGUACACACACACACACACACACACACACACACACACACACACACGAAAGGGUUGGGCCUGUAAUCCCAGGAGCUGGGGAGACUUGAGGUCAGCUUGUGCUCUAAA